CUUGCACCAUGGACUUCCAACAUCGUGUUGGUGGAAAGACUGGGUCAGGAGGCGUUGCGUCUGAGUCAGAGGCCAAUCGUGAUAGAAGGGAGCGUCUAAGACUGUUGGCUCUAGAAACUAUUGAUUUGGCAAAGGAUCCAUACUUUAUGAAAAACCAUUUAGGAACGUACGAGUGUAAGCUGUGUUUGACAUUACACAACAACGAGGGUAGCUAUUUGGCACAUACACAAGGCAAACGACAUCAGGCUAACUUAGCACGCCGUACAGCCAGAGAUGCAAAAGAUGCACCAAUCAGCCACAAACAGUAAAGACCACGGGUUGAGUAUAAGCAUUUUGUGAAAAUAGGUCGUCCAGGAUAUAAAGUAACAAAACAGAGAAAUCCUGAAACUCGGCAGCACAGUCUCUUGUUCCAGAUUGACUAUCCUGAGAUUGGUGAUGGAGUUGUUCCUCGACACAGGUUUAUGUCAGCAUAUGAACAAAGAUUAGAACCUCCUGAUCGUAACUGGCAGUACCUUCUGUUUGCAGCUGAGCCUUACGAAACUAUGGGAUUCAAGAUUCCUAGUCGUGAAGUAGACAAAUCAGAAGGAAAAUUUUGGACACAUUGGAACAGAGAUACUAAACAGUUUUUCAUGCAGUUUCAUUUCAAGUUACCAGAUGAUCUGACAAGGUCUCAGUUGGUUGCACCCAAGCCUCUAAUGACAUAGCUGACUGCAGUUGCAUGUGCACGUGCAUUCGUAAUGAUUGCCUGUGGACUGAGUCAACAACUGUAGGGUUACCCGGUAUUGAUAAUUCUAACUCUAGAAUAAAUACUAAUACUGUUGUAGGUAACGUGUACAAGAAUGGUUUACACCAUGAAAUACCUUUAACAACAUCAUGUACUAGUGCUAGAGCUUGCUUGCAAAUUCAGAAGUACUUGAUCAUUUUGUGAAAUGGCACUUUACCCACGGCACCUGAACUACUGUGCCCUCAAAACA